AUGGAACGAACGACUUUGAAAGCCCUGCGCCCCUUGAAUCAUCGAAGAAGGAACCCGCCCCGGCGCGUUUUGUCGGAGAAGACGAAGGAUCUCGCCCAGCAACCCGAGGACAACCAGACUCCCGUUCUGCCACCAACGCAUGAAGACCAGGCCGAGGAGGUCCCCGGUGAUAGCGAUGCGGCCAUGGCUCCGGCCACCGACGACGAAGUUGACCCGAAGAAUGAGAAGUAUCCUACUCACGAGGAAGAUGCGACGAAGCUACCUGCCGUGUUGCCCCCUCCCCUCUCAUUCAACCGGGCAAGCAAGCACAAGUCUGACAAGAUAGACGACUUCUCAAUCAUGGAGGUCAAGAGCUUUGCAGAAAUGAAGGCGGCAGAUACCAAACGGGUUGAGAAGCUCGCAUUUCAGGAGGGUGACAUUGUUGCGGUGCGAGAUGGCUGCCAACAAAUACCAGUGUUGGUCCCUUUGAUUUUAAUGGUCCUUAUCUUAAUGUGUUCCCAUUAG